AUGGAUAUGUCAGGUAUGAGCAUGAGUAGCUCGAUGGCUAUGGCCACUACAACUUCGAUGGAUAUGGCCGGCAUGGUAUCAUCGGCUCCCACCGCGUCAUCAACGGCAUCGAUGGACAUGGGCGGAGCCAUGGACAUGGAUAUGGGCAUGGGUAGUUGCAAGAUCUCUAUGAUGUGGAACUGGAACACAAUUGACGCCUGUUUCAUCUCCGAAAGCUGGCAUAUCACUUCCAAUGGCAUGUUCGCCGGUUCCUGCAUCGGAGUCAUCCUCCUCGUGAUGGUGCUCGAGCUUCUUCGCCGUCUCGCUAGAGAACACGACCGUAUGAUCCUCGCCCAUCAUCGCCGUCUCGUCGCCUCUACCACCAACGAAAAUCCUGCCAACGAAUGCGCUUGUCCGACUACUGUAUCGACUAGUAAAGCUGCCUCCACAGCUACCGCCUCGGCCCUUGCCACCGGCAUCAAGACCAGAGCUUUCAAGCCUACUCUGCCCCAGCAGAUGGUGAGAGCACUGCUCCAUUGCUUGCAGUUCGCAGUCGCCUACUUCAUCAUGCUGCUGGCCAUGUACUAUAACGGUUAUCUCAUCAUUUGCAUCUUUAUCGGUGCUUACCUCGGUUUCUUCGUGUUCGGAUGGGAGAAGCUUGGUGGUGAUACGGACAAGAGUCACGACGAGGCAACUGUGUGCUGUGGAUAA